UUCAAACUAUGAACGACACAACCGGAAGUGUAGAGUAGUAGUAGCAGCUUACGCUCAAAGCAGUUAGCUUUAGCAGCAGUUAGCGUCGGGAUUAAUAAUCUGAUUAAAAAACAUUUAAUUCUCCACGUCGAGUUUCUAGGAAGAAAAGCGCAACAAUGUCCGAAAGAAAAGUGUUGAACAAAUACUACCCUCCGGACUUUGAUCCGUCCAAAAUCCCCAAACUGAAACUCCCCAAAGAUCGUCAGUACGUGGUCAGACUGAUGGCUCCGUUCAACAUGAGGUGUAAAACGUGUGGCGAGUACAUCUACAAGGGGAAGAAGUUCAAUGCACGCAAAGAGACGGUUCAGAAUGAGCUGUACAUGGGACUGCCCAUCUUUCGUUUCUACAUCAAAUGUACUCGGUGUCUUGCUGAGAUUACGUUUAAGACUGACCCAGAGAACACAGACUACGCAAUGGAGCAUGGCGCAACACGAAACUUCCAGGCAGAGAAACUGAUUGAGGAGGAGGAGAAGAGAAUUACACAGGAGAGGGAGGAAGAGGAGCUGAACAACCCCAUGAAGGUUUUGGAGAACCGCACAAAGGAUUCCAAGAUGGAGAUGGAGGUUCUGGAGAACCUCCAGGAGCUGAAGGAGCUGAACCAGAGGCAGGCUCAGGUGGACUUUGAGGGAAUGAUCGACCGGUACAGAGAGCUGGAGAGGCAAGAGAAGGAAAGGGAGAAAGAAGAGGAUGAGCGAGAGACAAAAGAGAUGUUGGAUCGUGCCCUUGUGAAAAGACUCAGAGACUCUGACUCUGGCUCGGAGAAGGAAGAGGAGAGCUUGCAGCCAAAUAAAUCCAGCACAGACAAACCCACAGACAUACUCACCACUGACAGAUCCACAGAGGCGCAGGGAACCUCAUCUGGAGGAGUGAAGAGGGCCAAGGUGGAGAGCUGGGAGAGGAGUGUGGGGACACUGGGUGGUCGAGGGGCACUGGGGUCCCUGGUCGUACGAAAGAAACCAGCAGCAACUAUCAACAAACCCAGUCCUGUGACUGCUGCUGCUGCUGCUGCUGCUACUGCAACAUCACAAACAGAUCCAAAGGCAUCUACAGCCGACUCUGAGACUGCCUCGAAGCCUGUCACCACGCAAAAUGGUUCAUCAUCUCUCAGCCUGCUGGGGGCGUAUUCAGACAGUGACAGCAAUGACAGCGAAUGAAAAGAAGAUGCUUGGCCUAGAUUUUCAUUUGAGUGACUGACACACAAUUAUGUGUAUAAUGCUGCACAGAAAACACGUGUAAAGCAGUUUGUGGGUCUCAAUGUGUUGGUGGACAGUCAUUAGCAGGAAUUAUAUUGUCUGUUGAAACCCAGUGAAACAAUAAUAAUCCUCCUUAGCUGAUCCACUGGUUCAUGGACGUGUUCUUCCUGACAAUUUAACCUCAGAAAUUGAUUUUUUGUGAGGCAAAUUUG